UGGACAGAUCGUAUUCCUUCACAAGUACACAUCACUAAUUCAAUGAGUAAUCUUUCCUGUUAAUCCUGUGGACGUUGUUUUAGUUUAUGACGGAAGUUGAGCAUCGAUCUGUUGUUCAUCUACAUGCCAACUAUGUUGCCCAUAUUUGCCGAGGUUUUGUUUCCUGAUCCCCUCUACCACUUGCUUCUCUGACUCGUAAUUUAUUCUCGAACUGUAUAUCGUAUUUUUUCACAACUUCUUGAAUUAAUUAGAAUGUAUUUUUGAUCUUGACAAUUCAGUUUACGACCAUAGAUUGGCCCUAUACGGAAGAUGGGAGAAGCUGUUCAGAUCAAAGCGCAACGGACAGAUGUCAUACCCAAAGAUACAAUCGAUCACUUCAAAACGGUGCCCAUAGCACAUUCCACGCUCCAAGAUCCAGAAUUCAAAUGCCUAUAUGCUUCAAGAACGGUCACAGAUGGUGGGAAAGGCCACACUCUGAUGGGUAAAACAUGGGCAACAGAAACUACUAUACCACAUCUCCUAUCGCUGUACCGGAGGGAUCCAUCGUCAACGCUCGACUCGCCAAAUGUGGAGAUUCGGCGCUUCUAUACUCUUGGAAUUGACUUGAGCGCCCAUCCAAACCUGCUUCAUGGUGGCGUCAUAUCAACGAUCUUGGACAGCACUCUGGGAAGCGCUGUUGGCAUCGCCAUGAAGACAGAGAAGAUGAAGUCCAUGUACACUGUGCAACUGAAUGUAAAGUAUGAGAAGCCAGUGCAGAUACCAGGGACCAUCUGUUCAAAGGCAUGGGUGAGAAACAUCGACGUCAGUGGGAAGAAUUACAAGGUCUGGGCCGAAGGGCGAAUCGAGAGCCUGGGAAAAGAUGGUGAAGUUGUGAUACAUGCGAAGGCAGAGGGAAUCUGGGUGGGGAAGAAGGUGGAAGGCAGGUUGUGAUCCUUUCGAUUUCUUUUUUAGGAGUGUAUAAGCCUCUACGUAUUUCAAAGUUAUUGGAUUAUGCCUCUCUCUCA